UACCUCCAAAAUAGAUAAUUCUAGAGAAAUCGUUACUUAAUCACCAAGUAGUCAAACUUCUAAACGCCCAAAUUUAGUAAUUUUAUUGGUCCACUUAUAUUUCGCCACACCUUUCCUUUCCUUUUCUCACCCUAUUUUUCUCCAUUUUUCAUUUUAUUUAUAUAUUCAUGCGUUUUCGCUUCUUCGAUCAUCCAUCAUCACAUUCUUCCCGACUUUUCUCUCUUAUUUCUACAGAUUUGGAAAGAACAAUUCCCUUUUGAUCUUCUUCAUUCUUUUCUCUUACGUAACCCUAAUUUUCUCUUUUUGUUCGACAAAGUUUGAAUCAGAAUCUCGGUUUUAAUUAUAGACGAUAUGGCGGAAAGUGAUUCGAAACCUGAGAAACAGAUGAAUGAAAGCGGAGAGCAGAGUUUGAAGUACUUUCAGUUUGUACAUGCUGCUACAAUCCAAGCCAUUGUAUGCUUUUCAAGCCUUUAUGGUUAUGCUAAGGACAAGGCCGGACCUUUGAAGCCCGGUGUAGAGACUGUUGAGGGUACGGUCAAGACUGUUGUUCGUCCUGUGUAUGAUCGGUUUCAUGAUGUUCCCAUUGAAUUACUUAAGUUUGUUGAUCGUAAGGUUGAUGACACUAUGGUUAAGUUGCAGGAUCGUGUUCCACCUCUAGUCAAGCAGAUGUCGUGCCAAGCAUACUCUGCCACCCAAAAGGCCCCUGAGGUUGCUCGUGGUGUGGCUUCAGAAGUCCGACGUGUGGGUGUGGUGGAUACUGCAUCAGAAUACGUAAAGGAUGCCUACAACAAAUAUGAACCCGCUGCCAAAGAAUUGUAUUCCAAAUAUGAGCCUGUAGCAGAACAGUAUGCAGUUUCAGCUUGGCGUAAACUAAAUCGUCUUCCCCUUUUCCCCAAGGUGGCUGAGGUGGUUGUCCCUGGAGCAGCUCUUUGCUCUGAAAAGUACAACCAAACAGUGAAACUAGGUGCUGAGAAGGGCUACAGAGUAGCAAAUUAUAUGCCACUCGUACCAAUCGAGAAGAUUUCUAAAGUUUUUGAAGAGCAAAAGGGUGAGACACAGACUGUUGCUACAAACGAAAACGGUGUCGCUGCUGCACACUAAUCUUCAUCUCCAGGAACAUGAUGUAAAAGUAAAAUGGAUUGUUCAUACUUCAUUUUUAAAUUCCUAGUUAUUAAAUGCAUUUUUGGUGGUUAGAAUAUGUUUGUCCUUUGUUGCUAUGUUUCCAUAUUUCUGAUCUUUUGUAAAGAAUGUAAAAAUUUGUUCAGGAUGCUCUGCUUGAACUUUAAGAAUUUCUAGAUCAUCAAAUUCACUGAUAGAA